UUUCAUUUCAUUCUCCUAUGGUUGCAAACUUAGAACAAAGUUUGAUAAUUUUUUUAAUGCAAGUUUUUGUUAUUUAUUCUUAUUAUUCUUCUGCAAUGGUUUCACCGUUCAUCGUCAAUCCCUAGUUUGAAUUUGUCUGCUUGAUUCGGCACCGCUUUCAGUUUCUCUCUGUGUUCCCAUUUCCCUCAUGCUAUUGCUAUGCUACUCUUGUUCAUAUCCCAAUCCCUUAACCCCUUUCUUCUUCCCAUUCAGGACCUGGUUUGUUUUCACAUACACAGAGGUUCCGUUAAAUGUGCUUAUAUCCUAGACUUGUAUGACAAUAAUGCCAGGCUAUCCUGUCGCUGAUGGUGAACUAUGUAGUUUUAUAAGCACCGAUCAACAGCCUAGCUCUCUAGAUGCUUGUGCACAAUUAUCUGCAGAAGAGAAACUUGCUGCAGAACAGAGUCUUUCAGUUUUUUGCAAGCCAGUAGAGUUCUACAACAUUCUUCAUCACCGUGCAACAAUAAGCGCUGUACCACUUUUCCUUCCGAGGUGUUUCGAGUACAGGAUACAGGCCAGGGACAACAAAAGGAUACAAAUAACAGUUUUUCUGUCAUGGAGUGAUGAAGAAACUCAAAACAUGUUUCCGUUUUAUGUCAGUCUGGCGAGACGUAAUCCUAAAAAUGAAGACGCUGAUUAUUCUACUGUUUAUCUACUCAGUCAGAUAGUCACCAUUCGAGGUUCAUCCGGCGCUGAUGGGAACAGGAUAAUCAAAGCAGAAUUUACGCUUUGUGAAGUUAAUAAGUUAGCUGCGGAGGCUAAUUCUGGCUCACUUUUUCUCUUGUUUUUUACCACUGAGGGAAACUCAGAUUCAUCAUCUAGAGUCAAAGCAAGCCUGGGGCCUUCAGAUCCAACUUCUCAUGAAUCAUUAGCUGAAAAGAACUGCUUAUAUGGGAAAAUUUCUUUUCAAUCCAUUUACUUGGCUUGGAAAAAUUCUCCAAAUUUCCGUUGGGGACAACGAGCCGAGAUUAAGACUACUCUUGAACUGCUUCCAUGUGUUUUGAAGUAUGACUUUGUAAAUAAGGGUACGACCAUCGCAAUCCAAGAUCUAUGGAAUUUUGGGCUUGAGAGUACAUCAAAGAGCGUUGAAAUCAAAAUCUUUGCUGAAGAGAUCAAGGCCAUGGAGAAAUCUCGUAACCGCAGAAAUACAUUACCAUCAUCAUCAUCAUCAAGAUCAUCAUUAUCUCGUGUCAUUCGGUUGAAAGAAGGAAAUGUGACAUUUAAUUACAGGUAUUACAAUAACAAAUUGCAGAGAACAGAAGUCUCUGAAAAUUUCUCCUGUCCAUUCUGUUUGAUUAAGUGGGGAAGCUAUAAGGGUCUAAGAUGUCACUUGCUCGCAUCACAUGAUUUUUUCAAAUUUGAAUUUUCGGCAUCGGAAGAUUGUCUGGCUGUUAAUGUGUCUCUGAAUUUUGAUAUAUGGAGAUUUGAGCUUGUUGGAGAUGGCGUUGAUCCAAAAUUGCAAACUUUUUUCCUUCAUGGCAAGCGGAUGACACACAUAAGCCCAGAAAAUGCAUGUUUUGAAGUGGUCCAGGAUGUAGACCCACCGACCUUAGCUAAUAAUGAAGACCCACCGGCCUUAGCUAAUAAUGCAGACCCACCUGCCUUAGCAAUGGACGAAGACCCGCCGGCCUUAGCAAUGGACGAAGACCCGCCGGUCUUAGCAAUGGACGAAGACCCGCCAGUCUUAGCUAUUGAUGCAGACUCACCGGUUUUAGCUACGGAUGCAGACCCGCCGGUAUUAGCUACGGAUGCAGACCCACCGGUAUUAGCUACGGAUGCAGACCCUCCGGUAUUAGCUACGGAUGCGGACCCGCCGGUAUUAGCUACGGUUGCGGACCCGCCGGUUUUAGCUACGGUUGCAGACCCACCGGUCUUAACUACGGGUGCGGACCCGCCGGUAUUAGCAAUGGAUGUGGACCCGCCGGUAUUACCAAUGGAUGCGGACCCGCCAGUUUUAGCUAUGGGUGCAAACCCACCGGUCUUAGCUGUGGGUGCAGACCCAUCGGUCUUAGCUGUGGGUGCGGACCCACCGGUCUUAGCCGUGGGUGCGGACCUGCCGGUCUUAGCCGUGGAUGCGGACCUGCCGGUCUUAGCCGUGGAUGCGGACCAGCCUGUCCUAGCCGUAGAUGCGGACCAGCCUGUCCUAGCUGUGGAUGCGGACCCGUCUCUCCUAGCUAGGAAUGCAGACCCACCGGUCUUAGCUAUGGAUGCAGACCCACUAUUCUCAGAGUCGGAAACUCCUUUAGGAGAUAAUGAGUUUUUAAAGAAGAUUGAUGGAAAUUCUGCAACUAUAUCAGGGGAUGCAAAAUCAAAUGCAAAUAUUGUGCCCAAUCCCAAUCCAGACUGUGUCCCAAUAAUAUCUAAGCAUGGUCAUGGGACUUCUGCAGGGCUGCAGAUUGGCAAUACAGGGAAGUUACCAGUUGAGCAUUUUGACCCACAAAACAUAGCCCGGUUGAAGAAGAGGCAGUUUUAUCAUUCUCACAAAGCUCAGGCAAUGUGUCUUGAUGAAGUUCUAUCAAAUUACGAUAGUGAGGAUGAUGUUGAUGAUGAAGUUGCAGAUAUUGAAGAGCGGGUGAAGCUUGAUCUUCAACCUUUGAGCAAAGAAGAGAAGCAAUUCAUGUUCAUGUGGAACUCAUUUAUUCGGAAGCAACGUGUGCGAAUAGAUUCUCACAUUCGUUGGGCAUGUAAGGCUUUCUCAGUAUUGCAUGGCUCUGAGCUUGUUAAAUCCCGCGAAUUAACUUGGUAUUGGACAAUGUUCAGGAUCAAAUUAUAUAAUUUGGGUCUUAUAGAUGGAAAAAUCAUCACUGAUUGCAGUAAUAUUCUCGAACAACACGUGAAGCAUAAUUCAAAUCCUGAGAUCCCAGUAGCUAAUAUAAACUCCAUUCAUUUGUCCCCUCUUAAAAAUAAAAGAAGUAAGAAGAUAACACAGAAAGUGACUUCUUUAUAAGGUGCAAAUUGCCCUCACAGUCUUGUGGAACCUCCUCGGAUUUAAAUUUAUACCUUUGUUGUACUAUUAUUAUUUGUUGUACCAUGAGGUUUACCAAAGGAUGAAUGGUUCAUUCUACAUCUCUUUUUCUGCGGCAUGGAACUGAAAGAAACUCGUGAGCAACCUGAGUAUUAUAUUCUUGAUCCAUUUCUGUUGAAGUUUGAAAUUUCAAUGUUCCAUACUUUUUUUGACACCAGAGUUAUAUGGAACUGGGUUGCCAGUAGUCCAAAAGGGAUCUCUGCAUGAAGUCCAAGUCUCUAUACAAAAGCUCAUAUUUAAUGAAUUAUGUUUACAUAUUUUUUUUGGUUAUAGAAUAAGACCUUUUUAUGGUUGACAUUCAUUGUGGUAUACACCUUUAAUAAAUUGGUAGACAUACUCAUUCGGAUUGUUUAAAUAGAUGAUUCAUAUUAAUUUUUUUAUGAAUUUUGUCUAUUUGUAUGCUUAUUAUUUAUCAAUGUCUUAUACCCUCUUAAAACCUUUUAUGGUUACUCUCUGCUACUCAUUGCAGUAGCCACCAUUACUGCCCUCGACACUACUCCCUCUCCCUCUGUUUGUGGAAAAAAUUUGUUUCAAUUUAACUGUCAUUUUCAAAUUUCAAUGUAGUAAUCAUUAUAGUUUUGUCAAAAUUGCCCCUAA